GGUUGUGUGAUGUUACCAGGGAAGUUUGUUAUGAUGCCUCCAAGGAGACUGUAUGCUGAGGGUAGACACAUGGAGACCAGGAGUCUUUACAGCAUAUGACUGGCUUUCCGUGACUUUAGAAUGAAUGAAAAUGGGGGAAAUGAUUUGCCACUCAAGCGGCAGUCUGGCAGCAAGAAGCAGCACGUGGCCUCUUCUGGCUGUACUGACCAUAGACCAGAGAAGCCCCCAGAGAGGCCCGUGCAGAUAGACCAAAAACAUCUCACCAACUCCGUAGAAUUAGCCCAGCGUGAGCAAAAGGAAGAAAACGCGUCGAAUACUUUUGAUCCAAAGCCACCAGCUCAGGCCAGGCCGUCCUCUGUGACCGUUCCCUUCGAGCGUGUCCGAGGGAGGCGGUUGAAGACGAGUCAGGAGAGUUUGACCGACUCCGCUCCUCCGACAGCUACCUUCAAAGGCUCCCUUAAAGAGGGCCUGACCGAUCGCUCCUCUUCCGUUAAUGUCCCUGCCGCGCUGACCAACGGACCAAGCCAUGCAGGACAGCUGGAGCAUGUGGUCUCUCCGUUGUCUCCGUUCCGCGACCGCUGCCAUAGUUUGCCCGUGACGCAGAGGAAGCACCGGUCCGUGGCCGACCAGCACUUCAGACACUCGAGACUAAUUCUGUCCCCUCUGCAGCCCAGUAAAAUGCCUCCAAGCCUGGAGUGCAAUAUGGCGUCUAUGUCUUUAAGGACUGCUAAUCAGAUUGACAGGGAUUGCAUGGAUUACAAAGGACUGGAUAGGCUACACAGGAACUUAAGUGAUAGCCGGCUACUGGAGACCAUGGUGUCCGACAGCUCGUCCGUCAAUUCCAUGAAGUCUAACUUCAGUGUGCUGAACCCCAUCACACCCAAGGAUGUGAGGAACAGGAGCUUUCUGGAGGGCAGUGUUCUGGGGCAUGGCGCUCUCCUUGGAGCAGAGGAGCUGGACCGCUACUUUCCCGAGAGGCAUGUGGGAAUCUACAUUGCUACAUGGAACAUGCAGGGAGAGAAGGGACUUCCAAACAACCUGGAUGAUCUGUUGCUACCGACAGACACAGAAUUUGCACAAGAUUUCUACAUCAUUGGUAUUCAAGAAGGGUGUCCUGAUAGAAGAGAGUGGGAAAUUCGUCUUCAGGAAACCCUCGGACCUUAUUACGUUAUGCUCUACGCAGCUGCUCACGGUGUUCUCUAUCUCACUGUAUUCGUGCGAAGGGAUCUCAUCUGGUUCUGCUCAGAGGUGGAGCAUGCCACAGUUACAACUCGCAUCAUAUCUCAGAUUAAGACCAAAGGAGCUGUGGGUAUUGGCUUCACUUUCUUUGGAACCUCGUUUCUCUUCAUUACGUCCCACUUUACUUCGGGCGAUUCCAAAGUUUAUGAGCGGAUACUUGACUACAACAAGAUUAUUGAGGCCUUGGCUCUUCCAAAAGUCCUGCCAGACACUAAUCCAUAUCGCUCUGUUUCCUCGGAUGUAACAACACGGUUCGAUGAGGUGUUUUGGUUUGGGGAUUUUAACUUCCGACUAAAUAAAGACCGGUAUGGAGUGGAGGCCGUCCUGAAACAGAACGGGGGCCAAACCAUGGAGUCCCUUCUACAGCACGACCAGCUUCUCAAGGAGAUGAACGACGGGGCCAUCUUUAAAGGCUUCCAAGAGGGACCCAUCAAUUUUCUGCCCACGUACAAGUUUGACGUCGGUUGUGACAUUUAUGACAGCACCUCAAAACAACGGACACCCUCCUACACAGAUCGGAUACUAUUCCGGAGUAGGCAGAAUGAUGACAUUAAAGUAGUCAGGUAUACUGCCUGUGCAACUAUCAAGACCUCGGACCACCGACCAGUGAUCGGGAUGUUCCAGGUCAAAGUUCGUCCUGGCAGAGACAACAUCCCACUGGGGGCGGGGCAGUUUGACAGGAGCUUGUACCUGGAGGGCAUCCGCAGAAGGAUAUCCCGGGAACUGCAGAGGCAGGAGGCCAUGAAAAACCAACACAGCAGCACCGUCUGUAGCAUCUCCUGAAAAAGCUCCAGGUGCUCCUGUACGGACCUGAGACCAAGCAAUUUAUACACGAGGACACAGGACUCUUCUGCUGGUCAGUCUCGUGGAGUGUGACGUCGGAGCGCCUGGCGUCCAGGUUACCCCGAGAGAGGCUGGAGGAGAGGCAGAAGGACGGCUUCAGGGUCGAGCGCAGAUGCACUGCUGUGAAGAUGACAUGCUCUGCUGUUACUUCGAAGUUAACAAAGAGUUUUUGAUCAUUUUCGAACACAACUUACUUUGCGGCACUCAUUAAGAAGGAACAUUGUCUUACAUAUCUAUUUGCAUACCUAUGUGCACACACAGUCUUUUAUAUCUACUUGCCUGUUUUAUACAAUUGACUUUGAGGUCACACCGACACAUAAUAUUUUUCUUUUAAACAGCAGCUUUGUAUGGCCUUAUCAUAAUUUAAAGACAACUUUGAGUUUAAACAUAUGCUGUGGCAAGGUCUAUGCCAUGUACUGUACUCACUCACAGGAUAAUUAUGGUGAGUUCAACCCAUAUCUUUAAAAAAAAAAAAAAAAAAAAAAAAAAGCAUAUUUGUGUUUAAAAAAUAAAAUAAAAAUUACUUAUGAAUAAUCCAAUAAUUCAAACACAAAAAAUAGUGCUGUGCUUGAGUGUGGACUUAAUCAGAGCAAAUAGCAAAAGUGUUAAUGAUGGCUAAGUGCACUUUUCAAAGCCAAAAAGCUUUGACGGUUAUAAAUGCAAUGAAAUCUUCAAAUAGAAUGUCAGAUUUACUCUACUGUUCUACGUCUCUACGUACUACUCAGCCAUUACUUACAGGCAACUUCCAAGAAAAUGUCACAAGAUAUUUCAGACAUUUUCCAAGGGAACUCACAAUAAAACCCAGAGAGGCCUGAGGUACACAUAUAAAUAUAUAUAUAUAAAAUACAUAUGUUUACAUAAUUUAUCAUGCUUCCAGGAGUUUGCAUUAACGACUUGAUGCAGCUACAUGUUUGUUGGUGUUCUAGCCACAUGUAAGACAAUUAGCCCUCUGCUAAAUUAAAAAAUGACAGGAGUUUGCAACAUUUGAAUAUAGAAUUCAUGGGUUUCAUCAGGUCCCUUUCCACAGGUGUAUUAAUCAAGCACCAUGCAGUCUGCAUUGAUAAUCAAGGUCCUUGAUUUUAUACACCUGUGGAAAGGGACCUGAUGAAACCCAUGAAUAGUCAGACAUGAAGUGCAAUAUAUUUGUCCUUUUGUAUUUUCAUUUUUUUUUCUUGAAGGUAUAGACAACUUUCCCCAUUGAAGUUAAUAUGAAGACGGCAGCAAGAAAAAUAAUGUUUGUGUUCCACUCUGAGUUUUAGUUAUCAUGUCUUGGUAUCUAUCAGUGUAAAAGGUCUAAGUAUUUUUUUUUAAAAAAAAACAUCUCAGAUUCUAAGGUUUUAAAAGGCCAUCUACUUAAAUAAAUGGGUAACCUCAAUAAACAUCCAUUUAUUACAGCCUAUGUAAUGACUGACUGCAGUCUUUGAGAAACCAUACUUAAGAUACUGAAUACAUAUGAACUCCAACAUAUUACAGUACUGUACUGAAGAAAUGUGUUUGGGCGAAGGCACAAUUGUGAACCUUCAAGGGAGAAAUUAAUUGCCUUAAACCAUUCUGUAACUCUCAGUAAUUAAUGUUUCAACGUUAUAAAUGAUGAGAUUGUCCCUCUUUUCUUCUGUUAAAAGCCAACCAUAGAUCAUGUUUGAAAGUGCUUCAAGUUGUUCUAUGGUUUUCAUACUAAGUCUGUUUAUACACUGUAACAUGGUCCUUAUUUAAAUAAAUGUUUUACAUUGUAAAUAUUUUUAUCAUUUUGCUUUUUUUUUUGUACACAUUAUUCAUGUAGCCGGUCCCUUUCUAGACUGUCUCAACAGAAAAUUAAGUGAGAAUGACUUCAGUCAUCACACUGGAGUUUUCUUCAAAAUGGGCAGUUUCAAAAGUUUUUCGUCAACAUGUCCUGCUUUCUCCAAACCAUAAUGUAAUUUUGAUACCUUUAGUUGAAUAUAAUUCGAAGGCCAUUUGAAACACUUACACUAAAACCAGUUGUUGACACUGCAGUGU